AUGGCUGAAAUUCAAGCUAAAAUGCGCGAAAUUCCAGCUCUCUUGAAAACAGCUUUGAAGCUCACUACUCAGGCUGGAUCUUCGAUGAUCAAAGCGAUGUUACCUCGAACCUUGUCGAAUAUUGGUCAAUAUGCUAAUGACAGUGCCACCAUUGCUAGAGCAUCACUCCGUCGAUUCGAAACUCUUGAAGAUCUUCUUCAAGAAAUAUUCCAAGUCAGUACAUUGACAGAUACAGAGAAUAAAGAUAUGGCUGAAAAAUUACAUGAAGAAGCGGAAGAAAUGAGGAGAAAUCAGACCUAUGUUGAUAGCGUCAUGAACAAUCUGGCAGCCGAACGUAAAAAAGCGCGAGAAAAUUUGGAAAAAGCACGACAAGACUAUCAUACGGCCAUGAUGAUUAUUCCGGGUGGUCAAUGGGAUGCUCACGCCUGGGAUGUUUACGCAGCUCAUCGUCCUGAGCACUCAUGUACACUCUAA